UCGGAGCCAUGGCGCUUACCCUCCUCAUCGCCUCGUCGUGUGCGUUGCUUGGCAUCAGCGAGUGCGUGAAUGUUGUUAAGUUCACCGACAGCGCUGCCGGUGGGAUAACGUUCGCGUACACGUCCGAGGUUCCAAAGGACAUCAGUGCAGUCACUUUCUACUUCAAUAUCAACAGCAACUUCGACAGUUGCAGCUCUGACACCGAUUACAAGGGCUACGGGACACUCGCUCCAGAUGGAUUUUGGAAAUACAACGCGUAUUACCUUCCAUCGACGGCCGUGACGUGUGUAUACGCCUGUGCCAUGUACGUCGUUAAAGGCUUCACCUACUUUGUGCCCACGUCCCACACCCUGGUGUGCGACAGCCGAACGUGCAAUGUUUUUGCGGAUACCCUGGAUGCAGCUAAGUCCUCGGAUAUAUCCUUGGGCAUCGGAAUAUUCUAUGAAAACGCACAAUUCACAAAAACAUUAGCGCCCUGGCUUGACCGUGCUGAAUUCAUCAAUAUCGAACUGGAAGUCGACACCACCUCGGGCAAAAACAUUUACAUGGUUUUAAAGUAUGCAUCAAAAUCAACCCCCCCGCUAUUUGCCUCAUACCUGCAGAUAGUUGUCACGGCUGACGUGAACUCCACCAAUGUGACGACAUGUCCAAACAGCCUUUGUCCCAUCACACCACAGUACACCUUUCCGGUGUAUGGGUCAACCAGCCAGACCUUCAAGAUCUACAGACUUUACAACGCGCACGUGUUUGCAAUCGCCGGGGGUAUAUUCACGAUCAAUUGUGACCCUUUCACCAUCUUCAGUGUAAUAUCUAUUGCAGGAGAUGGAAUUGUAAAGCAAGUCAGGUUUCCACCAAAAGAUUACAAGAUCAGCCAGCAGGUAGGCUGUAUCUGCUUGGCUGAUGACCCCCUGACCUGCUUGGGAAAAUCCAUGUACACACGUCCUGAAGGACAUUUUGUCCCAAUUUUGAAUCUUAACCAAGUCACUUGCAAUGACUACUGGACAUUUAAGGAAGAUGGCAACUUGCAGCACACAGCGUCCAUGUACUGUUUGAGAUUCUCUGGGUCUCUCAAAGAAAAUGCAUAUUUCGAUGGCUGCAAUGAUUAUGACAUCAUAUUUUUUGAGAACGGGCGGAUACUCGCCUCGUCCCCUGACUACUGCCUCCACGUCAAUGUGAGCUGCAGUUACACCAAGUGCGACAACUCCUCGACAAACUUCGUAUUCCGAUCAGAUAUUCAUCCACUGGGGUUGGAAUCUGGAUUUAUCCCCAACGAGGCAAUGGUAGCCUCUUCUUACAUUCCGGGCUCCGAGCCCUAUCUAGCCCGGCUCAACUCCCGCAUUGGCCACUGGCAGCCCUUGAGCACGCAGGGAGCGUAUCUGACUGUGAACCUGCCGGCGAGGUGCCACUUGUAUGGAAUUGACAUCCAGGGAUCCGUGCCAGAGUACGACGAUAAAGUUCAUGUCAACUCGAGUUGGGUGACGUCGAUGGGCAUGUCCGUGUUUGAUAACAAUUAUCUCAUACAUUACGAGGAUUUGUUGCAGCUGAACACUGACCCAGUUUUGAAAACGCGAGUGCUGUUGUGGUUUAGCUUAAUGUGCCAGAGAGUCCGCCUGGAUUUUAAAAUGUGGAAAAACAAUAUAUCUGUUCGUGUUGAGAUCAUGGGAUGGUUCUACAAGGCUAACCCCACGCAACCUGACUACCAUGUCACAUCUGUCAACGCGAACUUAUUAUUUGUGGGAAACAACAUUUUAAACGAGCUGGUCUGCUAUCGCUGGACCUUGGGAGAUGGAAACCAGACGAUCGUUGGUUCCUCACUGUGUAGCAGUCUGUGUAAGUGCCAGCUGAUACCACGCUUGAAAGAAGCCACCUUCGAGUUCCCGUACACCUAUUCGACAUUUGGGGUCAUGAAGGUCACUAUAGAGGAGAUCACGAACUGGUCACAUGACAACUACAGCCUGGAAGUGAGCGUGAAUCCGUUGGGCUGCAAGGUGGUGUCGGUGGUGCUUGAUGACAACUCGACUACUCCCGAGAUGGCUCGAGUGCUUGGACAGAGUGAGGUGUUCACGCUGACUGCCGUCAUCUUCACGGAGUGUGUAAUAACCAGCUUAAAGAACAUUUUUUCUUGGAACAUCAAGAACGCUGUGACCAAUCAGUCGUACAACUCCCCAGUAAACAUCGGUGGAUACUACCAAUUUGCGCCGGGCUACUUCAAGCCAGGCCUCUACUCCAUCUCAGUAACUGGGACUUUGGACCUAGAAUUCAUCGUCAACCAGUCGGCCACCAUCUAUGUCCGCUCCAUCCCAACUCCACUCAAAUUGACCAUCGUGGGUGGCACGACACGCACGCUCGGCGACCAGAGCAACGCCGUGUUUGACGCGACCACCGAGAGCUCUGACCCGGACGACCCCUCGGCUGGAAGCGCGGGGAUCUCCUUCAACUGGACUUGCCAGGUGACCGCAGCUGCUCCUGCUGUUGCUGCCGCUUGUGAUGGAGGUGUUGUGGGCAGCGCAGCAACUGCUGCUGGUGGGGUUUUCACCGUUGCCCGGCAGCUGCUGACGGUGGGCAGCAACGUCACGGUGACAGCGACGGCAAAGAAGGGAGACCGCACAGCGAAUUACACGCAGAUCGGCACCGUGGUCAGCGGCACUGCAUUACUCAUUACCAUCAGGUGUAUCAGCAACUGCGAUGAGUUUCUCAGCAGCCAGGACGAUUGGGCACUAAAGGUCGAGUGUCUCGACUGUGCCAGUCUGGAUGGCGUGUCUCUCGCUUGGUCCAUGUUUAAAGAUGGAGUGUUGGUGCCAUCAUUCAGUAGCCUCACCAAGUCCGGCAUCACAUCGGAUGGGCUGGUCGUGAUGAAUGGGGUUCUGCAGCCCGGAUCGGCCUACAUUGUGGUGGUUAAAGCCUCAGAUCCAAAUAAUUCCCCGAGUGAGACACGUUUGACAGGCAGAACCAAAUUACCUCCGUAUAAUGGCACGUGUGCAUCUAAUAACAACACGGGCAUUUCUGGCGUGACGUUGUUCCAGAUUGAGUGCAAUUACUGGCUGGACGAUGAAGGGAGGGGGGUUAGGAACGAGUCUGUGGACAAAGGAAUUGUCUUUACGUACAUCUACUCAGCUCUCGUGGGAGACCUCACUUACACGCUAAAGACCACCAAGCUGGCGGUCCCACCACCAUUCCUCUUGCCAGCCGGGGACCCCACCAACGGAGACCUCCUGAAGAUGACCGUGUCCAUCUGCAAUGACUGGGAGUGCACGCCGUUCUCCUUCGAUUUGCACGUGCGGAAACCUGCAGUUAGUGAUUUGCAGAAUUCAUUGAGCAGCUUUGUAUCCCCAAAUGGAAUGUUGUCAUACUUGAUACAAUCUUCUGAUACGAACCAAGCCGUUUUGAUGAUCCAGGUAUAUUCCAGCCUCCUCAGCGGCAUUACCGAUCGCAACACCACUGCUGCGGUCACGUCAUCGUUACUGAUGGGCCUGACUAAUAGCAGCGCGCAGCUGUACAAACCGGGUGACGUUCAGCAGUACAUUGAAACCCUGGAUACGCUGGUGUCAGAUCACUCAAUAAUAACAGAAGACCUGCAGGGUGCAGCCAUUCAGAGCAUGGGGGCAGCUUCAAAAGCCCUGGCAGCCUGCGGACAAGAGAAGUCACCCCAGGUCAUAAAAGCUGCGCAAGCUCUGACGUCAGUUGCUUCAAACGUCUUGGAAUCGAUGGCCCUCAGCUUCGCCACUGCCUCUACGAAUGAUACAAAGGCCAACGAAGCCCGCGUUGCCCAGGCCAGAAACGGGUUUUACGGCACCUAUAGCAACAUGAUGACGUACAGCAGCGUCGUGAACAGCAAGGAAGUUCCGGCUGGCAAACCCAUCAUGGCUCACACGCCCACGCUCACGGUGCUCACAAACACGUUGCCCGCCAAAACCAACAGCAGCGUGGGGCUAAAUACAGACUAUGGCCAGCUCAGCCUGGGCACUGCAAAGCCAAACAUCACUGCCAAAUCUAUGAAAGCCCUCGCUCUCCAGAUCAUGGCGUUCCGCAAGAGCCCAUUCAUCUGGAACCAAACGACUUCUGUCAGCAGCUCUGUGAUCGGCUUCCAAACACACCUCGAUAACAACACGAUCAGCUUGAACUCCAUGAGGGUCUCCCUGAUAAAUUACGCAGCUCCUACCAAUGAGCAGGUCCUCAACUUCAUGCAAGAUCCCACAGACUCUUCGAAGGUGAGCUUUGUCAAGUUUCAGGUGACGUCCUUGGGGGCGAUGGUGUUCCUCAAGGUCUUCCUGAAUGAAAACGUCACCACCCCCGUAGAGGUGUACGUCCGAUAUGGCGCUAUCCCACAACAGGACCCUGUAAGCGAUGACUUCUACUUCCGGAUCGAUCCGUCACUCUCUGCAAACAGCAGCAUGGAAAAGAUCAAUGGCUCUGCGCACAGCUUCAGCAUGCUAGGCAACGUCACGAAGAUAGGUGACUACUACUUGACCUUCAAAUACCAAGAAAACGCCCCACCGAACACACGGAUGAGCAUCCACAACUUGAUGUGCAAGACUUGGAGCAAAGCGUCCGACAAGUGGGUGUACGGACUGAUGAAGCCGCAUCGUGACUCAACUCCAGAAAACAUCAUUUGCAUGGCGGAACAGAACAUCCCUGGCUUCCCGCCCACCAUACUGGAGCCUCUCUUCAUCGGGGCUUCUUUCUUCGUUCCUCCAAACUCCAUCGAGUUCAACACCGUGUUCACCAAGUUCGACCUAAAAUCAAACGGUGCCGUGUUUGCAACCAUCGUCACUGUGACGAUCGUCUACCUUAUUCUGGUGGUCAUCCUCUGCCGAUGUGAUCGCCAAGACAAGCGCGCGUGGAAGCUCCUGCCUUUAAAGGACAACCCAAAGGACAGCAUGUACCAGUACCUGAUGACCGUGAAGACCGGGUUGGUUUCCGAUGGUGGUACCAAGGGCAACAUCUUCUUUGUCAUCCAAUUUGAGACCAGUGACACAGGCAUCCGGGAACUUGAGAAUGGCUACUGCAAGGAGUUCGCCAAGGGCAGUGUGCGCUGCUUUGUGCUGUCCACUCCACACUGCUACGGGAUGCCCCUUCAGCUCAGGAUCUGGUUGGACACGAGUCCGGAUGACGACAGGGACAGGAGCUGGUUUCUCAACGAAGUUGUCCUGUUUGAUAUCCAAACCAACGAACAGUUCUACUUCGUGUGCAACAAUUGGCUGGCGGUGGACCAGGGGGAUGGACGCGUGUGCAGGGAUAUCACGAUGAGCGACCACCAGACCGUGUUCGACUCCAACAGGCUGUUCUCCUCCACUGUGAAGAGCAACUACGCUGAAGGCCACUUGUGGAGCUCCAUUUUCUUCCGUCCGUCCAAGAACAACUUCUCGCGAGUGGAGCGGCUGUCAAGCUGCGUAUCGCUGCUUUUCCUCAUGAUGCUUGUCAAUGCCAUGUGGUUCGAGACGGACAAGGGCCAGGCCAGCACCCCGCACAUCGGGCCCUUCACGUACGGCGAGCUCUUCGUCAUGAUCGCGAGCGCUCUCAUGGAGGUCCCGAUCAGCAUCCUUAUUGUCCAGAUCUUCCGCCGCACGGGCAACAAGCCCUGGAAGAAGGCGGGCGGAGGAGGAGGGGGCUGCACGUCGCAGCAGUUCCCACAUUGGACCUUGUACAUCGCCUGGACGCUGGUGGUUCUGGUAAUCGGGACGAGCGGUUUCUUCACCAUCCUCUACAGCAUGGAGUGGGGCCCCGAGAAGGCCAACCGCUGGCUCGUGCGCUUCCUCACCUCCUUCUGCAUAUCCGUCAUCCUCAUUCAGCCCGUUAAGGUGAUCGGGCUGUCGAUGUUGGGUACCAUUGUGGCAAAAAAAAAGCAGCAAUACGAGGACCAGGACACCCUGGUCUACCUGGAGGACAGAAAUUUACCUCGCCCGGUCACAAAGCACGAGAGCAACCUGGAGGAUGAUGCUGUCGAGCUUCCGGAGCUGGACUACAUAACGGGCCCUCCUCCAGCAGAGACUCUGGUCGAGAUCCGCGAGGCGGUCAGCCAGGAGAAGGCAGCCUCCUCUUACCUCAAGGAAUUCGCCGUGUACCUCGCGCUCAUAUCGGUGCUGCUGGUCAUCGUGUACACGCGUGUCGACGACCACACCUUCCUGAUGCACCGCAUGCUGAGGAGAACCUUCACCGAUAGCUCCUUCGAUAAGGUGACGGACCAGAAAGACUUGUGGAAGUGGCUGAAUUCAAAAGUGCUGCCUAACCUGUACCCGGAAGUAGGACAGGCGCCAGCAAAGGCUUCUGGGAUCGCUUUCGUGGCAGCUCUGGAAAGCUACCGAGUGGGGCCUCUACGCCUCCAACAGUUCAGGAAAGCCAAAGAUCAUGGUGCCAGCAUACGAUGGCCUCCUCUUGCGAAUGAAGUCAGGGGAUCUGUAACGUCCGCUGUGAAGCUGGCCGCACAUGCUGUUAAGGGAAAUUCCUGUCAGUUCAAGGAUAGCGCCAGCAAAUGCUUCGGGAUGGACAAUCUGCUGAACCGGGACAGCAACAACUACAGCAAAGGAUGGCAAGAUAUUGACACAAAAUCAUCUUAUAUCCCUCAACCACAAGACAACUUCUGGAAGAUCCAGGAUAUGCACUGGAACAGCGUGUCUGUCAAACUAGGCGAAUUGAACACGUUCAUCGGCAGCGGCUACAUCGCCGAUCUGGGACUGACAUUCGUGGAGGCGAGUGGCAACAUGAGCUACCUCGAGCAGAACUCGUGGAUGGACGCCCGCACCACGGGCCUCUAUGCACAGUUUAUCAUCUACAACGCAAACGCCAACCUCUUCUGCCUUGUUGAGGUGCUGGUUGAAUCCCUGACGGCAGAUGUGUUUCAGCCAUCGUCAAACCUGAAAGUUUUCCGUUUGUUUAAUAACAGUACCUCGUACAUCAUCUUACACAACGUGGCCUAUAUCUUCUACCUCAUCAUAAGCAUGUACUUCCUCACGAGCGUCAUCUUCAGCAUCACGAAGGAGAAGUUUGAAUACUUCAAAAACCCCAUGAAUGUGGCUGAGAUCAUGAACAUCACCCUGAUGAUUGGAGCGGUCGCCCUCUUCUACCACCAGAGCACCAUCUCAACUGAAAGCCUGGCAACCCUCACCAAUAACACAGCCGUCUUCACCGACCUGUCUUGGCCCGCAUCGCUUGACAGGCUGUCCACGCAGUUCCUGGGCCUCCUCCUUUUCCUGGCGACGCUGCGGAUCCUCCCGUUGUUCCGCUACAACACUACCAUGAGCGAGGCAGUCACAUCAGCGGUCCACUGUGCCCACAAGCUCUGCAGCUUCUCCCUUGUUUUUAUCGUGCUACUUGUCAGCUACAGCAUCAUCUUCUGGAAUGUGCUGGGCAUACGGGUGGGCGCCUACAGGUCGUUUGGGAGGAGCGUGGGCUCGCUAUUCGCUGCUCUGCUCGGCGCCCCGGUUUUUGCUGACCUCUACGCGGCCGGUGGGUACAUGGCCGCCCUCCUCUACUUCAGCUUCAUGUUCUUGUUCGCCGUGCUGCUGCUCAACAUGAUGGUGGUUGUCAUCGAGGAGGUGUACACUCGCUUCAGUUGUGGGGGGGUGGAGGUGUCACGCUGCAAAUCGUUCUCGGUCUUCUUGAGGAAGUCCCUGCGGCCCAUUACCGCGACUUACAAUAAAGCCGGCUCCAAGCUCAGGCGUGUGUUUGGACAGAGCAAAAAAUAGUGGGGGGGGGGGGGGGGGAGUGGGUGUAAUUGAGAAGUUCCACACGAGAUUUAUCUGGGUACUCGGGUUUCCUCCCAUAGAAACACUCAUAAUUGGCUGAACCUUCGGUAGUUGUUGGUAAUUCCAGCUCACUGCUUGGCUGCGUCCUUGCCGCUCGUCCGUUGUUCCCCAAGGCGCCUCUGAGUCGUCCUCUCUUUGAGAGCAAGUGGACACAGUGCGGCAGCAGUGCAGCCGCACUGUGAAUACCGAAUUACUAGGGGGAGACUCUUAGCAUUUGUGGGGAUUGUACAAACUACAAAUAAUUCCAUAAUACAUAAUUACUACAAAAUUCCGUUCACUUAAUGUAAUUACCACCAAGUAUAUUUAAUUAAUACUUCGUUUGUUUCUCAAGCCACUUGUCCUGGUGAGGGUCGCGGCAGCAGAAUGUUGGAAGGGAGGUCCAGAUCUCCCUUUCCCUGGUGACAGACUCUAGCUCUUCCUGGGGAAUUCACAGGCGUUCCCAGGCCAGCCGAGCGACAUAGUCCCGCCAGCAUGUCCUGGGCCGGCCCCGGGGCCUUCGCCCAGUGGGAUGUGCCCGGUAGAGUUCCAUGGGGAGUCUAUCUGGGGGCAUCCUUACAAGGUGCCCGAACUACCUCAACUGGCUCCUCUUGAUCCGGAGGAGGAGCAGCUCGACUCUGAGGCUCUCCCGGAUUAUCGAGCUCCUCACCCGACCACGGAGAGUGAGCCCGGCAACCCUGUGAAGAAAGCUCAUUUCGGCCCCUUGUACCCGUGAUCUCAUCUUUUUGCUCAUUACCCAAAGCUCAUGACCAUAGAUGAGGGUGGAAAUCUAGAUCGACCUGUAAACCAAGCGUUUUGUUCGAGAAUACAGCUCCCAUUUCAAUUCCACGGAACGGUACAGUGCCUGCAACACUGCGGAUGCCGCACCAAUCCGCCGGCCGAUAUCCCGCUCCCACUUACCAUCACUUGCGAAAGAGACCCUGAGGUACUUAAACUCCUCCACUAAGGGAAGCUGUUCCCGCCUCGCCUGGAGAGAGCAAUCCACCAUCACCCUGGAGUGAACUAUGACCUCAGACAUGGAGGUGCUAAUCCUCAUCCCAGCCGCUUCACGUGCAUGCUGGAGACUGUUGAGGCAAAGAGGACAACGUCAUUUGCAAAAAGCAGCAAUGCCACCUCUAUGCCCCCGUACUGGAUACUCUCCAUACCUCGGCUGCGCCUUGAUAUCCUGUCCAUGAAAAUCACAAACAUGAGUGGAGACAAGAUGCACUCUUGGCGGACUCCAACACCCACAGUGAAUUAAUUUUAUUUAACACCAGUAAUACAGAUACAGCUCUCACUCCGGGAAUAGAGGAACCAGAUAGUGCACAAAAGCAGCACCGGUACAUCAUAUUCUCCCACAAGACAUAUGCUUUCUCCAAGUCUCCAAAACAGAGGUAGGCUGGAGAAGCACACUCCCAUGACCCCUCAAAUAUCCGUAGGAGGGAAAAGAGCUGGUCCAUUGUUCCACGGCCAUGACAACAUCCACAUUGUUGCUCCUGAAUAUGAGGCACGAGCACCAGGUGGAGACUCCUCUCCAGCACUCUGGCAUAGGCUUUACCUGGGAUGCUUAGUAGUGUACAGUGAUACCUCGGUUCACGAACUUAAUUCGUGAACUGACUCUGGUCACGAACCGAAUUGGUCGUGAACCGAGGCACAUUUUCCCAUAGGGUUCAAUGUAAAUCCGGUUAAUCCGUUCUGACCUUUUUUUUUGGUUUUUGAAGCACAAAAAUAUGAAACAAAUUACAAUACACAUUAGUACUGUACAGUAUAGUAAUGUAUAAAGAGAGAACACUAACCUUGCUUGAGAUGACUUCAGUAAGCACUCAAACGGGUGAACUGUACAAUACAGUAAGUACAGUAUUGUACAGUACAGUACAGUAGUACAGUACAGUACUGUAUGUGCUAAAAAGCACACCAAAAAGCAAAAAGUCACUGAAAGUGUCUUCACAGUACUCACAGUACUUCUUUCUGCGUCUCUUCUUCUCUCCACGAUCUUCCUACAGGAAGUCACGACCAUGUGACAGCCUGGAAAUAGCAUUAAAAUGGCCGCGGCUCCUGUUCGUGAACCGGAGCAUAUUUUUAUGAACUUUUCUGUUCGUGAACCGAGUUGUUCGUGAACAGAAGCGUUCGUGAACCGAGGUAUCACUGUAAUUCCUCUGUAGUUGGAGCACACCCCAGUUUUCCAGUCCAGAGGUACUGUACGUGCCUUCCAUGCAACAUUGAAGAGGCGUGUUAACCACGACAAUCCUACACUUUCCAGCGCUUUCAGCAACUCUGGGAAAAUCUUGUCCACCCCAGUAGUUUUGCUACUAUGAAGGCCCUCGACCGCCACAGCAACUUCAGCAACCAUGAUGGAUUUGACCCCCCCCCCCCCCCAAGUUAUUUCCAGAGCUGCCUCCUGAAAGGAAGGCAUGUUCACUGGAUUGUCGAGCUCCUCAAAGUGUUCCUUCCACCUCUCAACUAUCUCCCGAGUUUAGAUCAAUGUUACACCACCCUUACUGAAAACAACUUGGGCCACGUCCCGUCGACCCCUCCGAAGGCAUCGCAUGGUUUGCCAGAACAUCUUUGAGGCUGCCCGGUAGUCCCUCUCCAUGGCCUCUCCAAACUCCUCCCUCGCCGGGGCUUUUGCUUCAGCGACUGCUGCAGCUGCCACCCUCGUGGCAAUCGGUACCUCUCAAUCGAGUUGGGAUACCUUUUUCCGAGCAUAGCUCGGAAAGCCUCCUUCAACUUGACAGCUUCCCUCACCACUGAUGUCCACCAGCGGGUCCUAGGGUUGCUGCCAUGACAGGCACCAACUGCCUUUAAGCUAGAGCUUUUCCCAGCUGCAUCCACAAUCGAGGUCCUGAACAUUGUCCACUCAGACUCAAUGUCCACGACCUCCCCUGGAGUGCAGGAAAAGUUUGCCCAGAGGUGGAAGUUGAAAUCUUUAUGCACUGGGUCUGCCACCAGAUGUUACCAGAAAACCCGCACUAUUCUUUUGGGUCUUCCAUGUCUAUCUGGUUGGUGCCUCACACGUCGGAUCCAACUUACCACCAGGUCGUGAUCAAUUGACAGCUCUGCCCCUCUCUUUACCCGAGUGUCCAGAACAUACGGUCUUAGGUCCGAUGAUAAAACUAUAAAGUCAAUCAUUGACCUUCAGCCCAAGGUGCUCUGGCACCAAGUACACUAAUAAGCAUCCUUGUGUUCGAACAUGGUGCUUGUUAUUGACAUUCUGUGACGAGUGCAGAAUUCAAUAACAUCUCACCGUUUGGGGGUCCAUUCCUCCCAAUCACGCCUCUCCAGGUAGAUCCAUAGUUUUCCACGAGAGCAUUGAAGUUGCUGUGGGGUGCACAAGCACAGACAACAGUCAGAGUUUUCCUUUCUGAGACCCGACGUCUCAUUGAAGUGACCCUCUCAUCCACUGGGACAAACUCCAGCUGAACAGCACCCAGCCAGGGUCCUGUGAGUAUCCCCACAGCCGCCUGGGGCCUCUCACUAGGGGUUAUUCUGGAUUAGGAAAGAUACCACCUCCAUUCGAGAAGUUUGGUUCCGGUGCCAAUGCUGCGUGUGGAGGUGAGACCAACCCUCCCACCUCCUCUACCAGCUCUGGCUCCCCCCCCCCCCCCCCAGUGACGUGACAUUCCACGUCCCAAUAGCUAGUGUCCAUCGCCAAAGGCCAGUCCGUCUGAGACCAUCCCUCUUCCUGUCAUAGUUAUCGAACCUGCCAUUAACCCUUUGUCCUGCAGAUGGCGGCACCACGUAGCCAUUUCAGGCUGAGCCCGACCAGGUUAUGUGGGCCACCCGGCCACCAGGCGCUUGCUGGUGAAUACCACCCUCAGGCCUGGCUCCAGGGAUGUAUCCCGGUAUCCCUUGUCCGGGCGAGGUUCUCUGAUUAUGGUAUUUUGUAGCCAUUCAUGGCUGACUUUAUUUUGGACCGUUAUCUGUCUGGAACCUCCCCCCAGACCUGUUUGCCAAGGGAGGCCCCUAGCAGGAGUACAAGACUCCAGGCGACAUAGCUCUGAGGGUCAAUGCAACAAACAAAUCCCACCACGAUAAGGUUAUGAUUAUUUUAAUGAAUGCUUUCUAAUUUAAUAACUACUUAAAUAUUUACUGGAAAGAUGCAUGUUUGGAAUUGAGCGACAGAGAGGGGAACACGUUGAUAGCAGAACAUUCGUAGGAGACGUCAUCCAACGUGUUCAGAAGGGGAAGUGAGCUUGGGCAGGAUGUGUCAUGGCUGGAAGGGUCGGUGAUGGGUACAAAAGGGGAAGUGGGCUAGGGUAUGAGGACUGGAAGAGAUGAGGUACGAUGUGCCCAGAAUAGGGAUAGAGGGGUGGCAGUCGAGGAAUGACUUGGGAAGAUUGUGGGACUACUCAAUUCACACGGCCGCACGGCUCAAUUUUGCCUACAGAUUUGUUGCGGUGCAGGUGAGAAUGGGGUUCACACAGAGGUCAUGGAGUAAGAUGCGGUGGCGUCACACAGGAAGUGAAAUAUUUUUAUUUACGUUUUAAACUUUAAAACAUGUUAAAUUAACCAUUUAAAAGUAUAAACCCCUUAAACAAAGUGGACAAUUCAAGUCAUUUUAUUUAUUAAUUUGUUAUUUUGAGCAUCAUUCGUCGAUUUGGGUGGAAUGAUCUCAGAGUACAAAUUUGUUUAUUCUGUGCAUGACGUAGGGCUUUUUAUUAUCAAGAUAAAACUGUUCAUCGAACCGUUACCAAGUUCUUGUGGAUUUGACUCAAUCAUGAUUUCCGUGAUCCCCAUGCAAAAAUCGCAGCCUUAAUUAUGGCCACAACACACACGUACAAAUGUACAAAAUUAACAUCACCAUGCUUUGCUAGAGAUCGGGACAAGUGAACAUAUAUACGCAUCUCAGUGGAGUUGAUCUAGUUCCAGAGCCUGGGAAUGCAUCAUUAUGGUCGGUAAAUAAAAUAAACCACCUUCUGUUCCGUAUUGCCACGUGCAAUUUUAAUUUAUUAUAGUCUGUCAGGAAAAUUAACCAUGGUAGUAGCGGUAAAAGAGUGAAAAGGAGACGAUUGACCACUCGAUGAGUGACUAGUGAGUGCUGGAUAAUUGAUAAACCUGACUUUCUAUUGGAAUAACGUUAACCAGCAGAAUUCACGUUAUCUGCCAGAAUUUGUUUGAACAUGCACACAUUGGGCUGGUUUCACUGUUUUGGUGAUCAUCAUUAAUCAAUAAUGUUAAGUACUGCUGGUUUACUCACUGAACACUGAAAUAGAGUAAUCUGGGUAGUAAAUAAUUUAUUUCUAUAUGGCUCAGAAUAAAGUGUAAAACAGUCUACAUACAAAGUCUAUCUGGAAUCGGUCUUCCAGACUUAGGUUAUCCAGCAGCAUUUAUUUAAAUUCACAAUAUCUGGGCUGCCUUCAGUAGUCAGCUUGCUAAACAAAUACUGCUGAUAUACGUAAAGGUACAGGUGCAGCCCUGCAAUUGCACACUGACAUCACUAGCAUUGAAACGGGUUUCCACAAGACGGAGCUCUAAAGAGCCCCUCUGGAGGGUAUUUGACCUACUUUUCCACGCUGACCAGAAGUCUUGGAAGAUGUGGGAGGACCCAUAUUUUACCCGUGACUUACCUAUGAACUGCGGUUAACUCAUUUAUGAUCCUGGAAUGCCAGAGGAGGUGUUGGGAGAUUUAAGAAACGUGCACCUUUGUCUCAACUACCUCACCGGGAGAUAAGCAUGGCAUAUGGUUAUUAUAAGCAAAAAAAUUCCCCUUCAUUUGUAAACAACACAUCAAAAAUUCAUAUAAUUUAUCCGGGCAAUGAGGCUGCGACAAAUGUAGUGUUGUCUCAUGAGGAUAUUGAGAGAUUCGCGCUGAUUUCUUUAAUCAGCCACAAGAGCUUCACUGAACUUCAGCAGUACUUUACAAGGACCCUGCUUUGGGUAUUGAACUCAAAUGUAUGCCUCACUAUCGUUUUGUGCCUCCACAUAUAAAUACAAAUAGAUUUUAGUCCAUCGCCCUAUCGACUUUCCAGACCAUAUCAUCAAGCAGCAUGUAUUUAAGUUAGAAAACUGUUGACUGAUUUCAACACUAUGGACCUCAUCAGUAAAGUCAUGCUGCUGGAUGUACCUGGUGCCAUUGCUAUUGUUAGCUGAUAACAAUAUAUAGACGUCACAUAUUUAGGGUAUGUAUCGUUUCAUCUAUAGGAAUGAUUGUGUUUCCACAUACUACUUUUGAAAAUGUAUUUAACAAAAAUAAAAUGACCAAAUUAUCAUUAUCGACAUUGUUGCUUUUUUGAUAAUU